AAUAUGUAAAAAAUAUCACCUACCGAACUAAAAAUGUACUUUGUCUUAUCGACUAAAAUGGCCUUGUGCAAGCCCAUUGCCAAAUCCGAGUGAUCAACAAAAUGGAAACCCUAGUACAUCCCGUUUUUAUCCCCUCUGUCGUUCCAGAUUCUCAAAGAAAGUCUCUCGGACCACCGCCUCCCUGCUCAUCUCCAUCCAUCCUCUACACAUCUUUUGUUCUUGUUAAAUCACUCCUGCCUUUCUGUAAUCAACACCAUGGAGAAGAGUUCGUCUUCGUUAUCUACCACUUUUGAUACUUCUGAUUUGGCCGAUAAACCUAGCAGCAUCAGCCAGGUUCUCAAAUCCAGGGAUCUCGUCUCAAAUAUUCUCUCUAGAGUUCCUGCUGAAUCAUUACUGAUAUCCAAGAGGGUAUGCAAAUACUGGAAGUUCUUGAUUAAAGAUACUGAUUUUGUUCGUCAACACCAUAUUCAUCAUAAGACGAAGAACCACUCUAUUGGAUUUGCUAUGAUAACUGCAGCGGAGACGGGAAGUAAGUAUGACGUUACUAUCCUCAACAGGUUAGGAGAGAAGCAGAAAAUUGUGGAUUCCGAAACUGGUAACUCAGAGAAGCAGAAAAUUGUGGAUUCCGAAACUGGUAAUUCAGAGAAGCAGAAAUUUAAGGAUUUCGUAUUAACUGUGCCUUCGCGACGGUUUGCCCUGAUGAUGACUUCCUGCAACGGUCUCCUCUGUUUCCACACUCAACAUCCGUUCCUGAUAUGGAAUCCUUUUACAAAGGAGUAUGUUCCUUUUGAAAAACGUAAGCUCAAAGAUCACCAGGCAACGAUGUGUGGGUUUGGUUUUGAUGCUGCAACUGGCAAGUAUAAAUUGGUGCACGUAUAUGAGCGUAAAUCGGAUUUUGGGUUGGUGUGCGAUGUCUUGGAGUUAGGCACCGCAACGGAUUGGAGGAGAAUCGAACACCAAGCCAAAUUUCCUCAUCCGGAACUCAAGGACCCAGAGUUUGGUCCAGCUUCUGUGUUUGUGGAAGGAUCUGUAAAUUGGCGGGUUAAAAGCGGGGUUCUAUGCUUUAGCACUACAGCCGAAAAGUUUAACUUGAUUCCUUCCCUUGAUCAGGAGACUCAAUGUCGUGGACUGAGCGGCAUCUCUGUGGACUUCCUAGGCGAACUGGCUGGUAGUCUAUGCUGGAAUGAGCAUUUCAUUGAUGCUGAAAUGCUUGGAAUAUGGUACAUGCAGAAGGACCUGCUUGACAAGAAUAAAAACCCUUGGGUCAGUCAGUAUCGAAUUGAAGUUAAUUCUCUUGGUAGGUAUCCAGAGGUUCACAUGAAAGCAUUCUGCUUUACAAAUAGAAAAAUAUAUAUCAAGUACAGCGCUGGUGUGGCCUGUUAUGACACAGAGAGUGAACUAAUGGAUGCACUGUUCUUCUACAAUGACUUUGACGAAGAUGAUUAUUUUGACUGCAUAAGCUUUACAAAAAGCAUUGUAUGUCUGGGAAAUUUAGUUGGAUCUUCCGUUGCUGGUGUUAACAGGAUGGCUUCGACGGAUGAGACAAUCACUUCAGAGCUGGAAACCACUGCCCCAGUUGGUAUUCUGAAAGCUACUAUUCAAGAGAAAGAUGACGUGUUGGUUUGAAAUACUGUUUCUGAUCUGGAGAGAUGCUCAGAGGAGUUGCAGUGCAUGGUGAUUCCUACUUUAUGCUUGUUGUUUGCUUUUUGUUUGUGCUGUUAUUGAGGCACUUGUUGUUUCUUUUUUUUUUUCUGAUUUUGAACUCGGACUGCAUCUAGUUGCUCUUAGUUUACUUGGGUUUUGCUGGUUAUGCCCAAGCCUCAUGUGUAUUUACUUUGUAUUGCCACUUUGUUUUAGUUUGUUACUUUGUUGUUCUUGUUGUUUCA